CCAACAAAUUUUGGAAGAGAAGCCUCAAACAAAACAAUUAGAAGAAAAACAAACAAAAAUGGAAGAAUUGGUAAAGGACCUUCAUUUAAAGUUAGAACAAACCAACAAAUACAGGAGCAGCAAGCCGCAAUGAUUUUAUUUAGGCACGAAAAAAAAGAUAAAGAAGAACAAAUUAAAAUACUACGAAAUGAACUUCAGAGGUUGCAAUCAAAACAAAAAGAUAUGUUACAAGAGAACAAUGAUUUAUCUUUGAAGGUUCAACAGUUGGAGAGGGAAAGGUCGGAAACUGAACAGAAAUUGAGUGAACUAAGAGGAUGUGCCGAUCAACAAAGGCAAAAUUUUGCAGAUUUGCAAACGAAGACUGUGCAAUUGGAGCAACUGAAACUACAACUGAAACACGAACAAGAUCAACUUCUAGCUUCCAAUGAACAAAUGAGUUUAUUGAAAAAGAGAAAUUUGGAAUUGGAAUCUGAUAUGGAAUAUUGCAGGAACCGAGAAUCUGAACUUCUGCUGUUUACACAACAACUGACUGAUAAAAAUGUAAGACUCCAAUCAGAGUUCACAUCUAUGGAAACCAAGGUUCAACAGCUAACUUGCCAAGAAACAUUACUCAGAAGACAAAUUAAAGAACAAGAAACAAGAUCUAGCAUUCAGACUGACAAACUAUCAGAAGAAAUACAAAGACAAAAGGAAGAAAUUGAAGACAUCUCGAAAAAUUUUGAAAACGUGUCAAAAUUAUGUGAUCUUUACAAACAGCAACUGACAGAUUUGAAAGGUGAAAACGCAUUAAUGAAAAGAAAGUAUGAAAUGUCGGUCAGGGAAAUAAAUAAAGAGCUACAUCAGUGUCGUAAAAAAAUUGAACAAUUGGAAAAUUUGGAUAACACGAGUAGUAAUAGUAGUUCCAAUUCUUCUCUCAAUGUAACUGAGCGCUCUGCAGAUCAAGUCAAGACUACAAAGAUUGAGUGCAAAAAAAUCGGAAAAAAUUGAUUUUCUUGAAGAGCAUGUCAAUACUUUAGUAAUAGAAUUGCAAAAAAAAUCCAAGCUACUGCAGAGUUAUAUCCUCCGAGAACAAUCUGGGACUUUAACAUCUGACAAAAUGGACAGUAACAAG